AAUUCUGAAUCGGUGAUGAGAUACUCUUUCAAUAAUAUUUGCAUUACGAAAGUGUUGGCAGGGCUAUCGCUUUCUUGUCUUGCCUCUUUACUCCUUCCAACGAUGGCACAAUCUCCUCUUUUCAAGGUGACAGCAAGCAAGUUUUCUCUUCAUCUCCAUGAAAUCCUUMGAUCUGGCGAUCUUGAGCAAAAUCUGUUUUACUCUCCAUCAAGCAUUCUUGUUGCUCUUGCAAUGACUUAUCUUGGUGCUCGGGGCAACACAGCAAAACAAAUGAUCACUUCUUUCCACCUUGACGAAAUACCAGAAGACCAAAUCAAACAAGAGUUCCACAGUUUUCUUGAGUCUCUGAGWAAGAGCAACGCGAAUGGAAACCACAUAGCAAUGGCCAACAGAUUGUUUGCACAGAUGGGAUUUGAAAUCGUGCAGAAGUUUCAAGAGGAAACUAGCCAGUUCUUCAAUGCUCAGUUAGCUAUGGUCGACUAURUGAAAAAUGCUGAUGRAGCCAGAAGGGAAGUSAACGAAUGGGUAGAAAAGCAAACGAAUGGAAAAAUUSAAAAUCUAAUYCCGGAUGGUCUUUUUACCCCACUAACACGACUUACACUGGUGAAUGCUGUUUACUUCAAAGGCUCCUGGAUGAAUCGCUUUGACCCUAAUGGGACACACACAGGGCAGUUCCAUGUGACACCCUCCAAAGAAAUCACUGUGCAAAUGAUGUACCAGUCUGAGGAAUUCAAGUAUUUUGAAGAUCAAGACUUAAACUGCCARAYCAUUGAACUUCCUUAYUCAGGAAAGAAGAUGUCCAUGAUUGUCUUCUUGCCAAAUGAGGUUGAUGGUCUGACUAAACUAGAGCAGUCUCUCAAUUAUGAUAGGCUUGGUCAAGCAUUGAGCAAUCUCAAAGCUACCCAGCCUGAAGAAGUGGAAGUCACUUUACCCAAGUUUAAACUAACUGAUGAGUUUUCAUUGAARGAARURUUAAACAARAUGGGUGCUGUUGACAUGUUUACUCAAGGUCAGGCAGAUUUUUCUGGAAUCAGUACCAGUGAGCAAUUACAUGUCUCCGAGGUAGUCCACAAGGCUUUUGUUGAUGUUAAUGAAGAAGGGACAGAGGCUGCAGCUGCAACUGGUGUUGGAAUAAUGGCAAUGAGCAUGCCAAUGAAUCCAGUGUUCAAUGCUGAUCAUCCAUUCUUAUUUCUGRUUCAUCACAAUGACAGUGGUGCUAUACUCUUCCUUGGAARAGUGGCCAAACCACAGCAAUAGACAGAUGCAAKCAACUAGGCAUGCUACCAAUGAUAAUAAUUAAGAUAGCUAAUUGUGCAAAAAUGGAAAAUGAUUUUAAUUGAAUUUUGUAUCAAUAAAAGUACAAGUAUAUGAAACAAUAUUUUCAUACUAGAAAAGGAACUAAAAUAAUGUAAAUCAUGCACCUUCUUCAUAGAGUUUAUGAGUAGAUAUGACAAGUUGUACAUGUUGUGCCGUGCCAAAGAAAAAUAAUAAAUUUAGAGAUAAAAGUAAAACUACACAUAAAUUUGA